AUGGCCAGGAAGAAGGGCGAACCGGUCUGCUGCUUUGACUGCAUUCCUUGUUCAGAAGGAAUGGUUAGCAAUGAGACAGGUUUGUUUGCAAUACACAUUUGUAUGCAAUUCGCAUCUAUUUUGCAUAUAUUGACGAAUGCAACCACCAACCAUUUGAAUACAUUUAAUAAUUACUCUUGUUUGUUAGAUUCAAUGGAAUGUACCAGCUGUCUUGAGGAUUUUUGGUCCAACUCCAAACAUGAUCAUUGUGAACCAAAAAGCAUGGAAUUUCUUUCUUACACGGAACCCCUGGGAAUCUCCCUGACCACUGCCUCAUUAUUUGGAGCACUUUUAUGCACUAUUGUUUUGGGAAUCUUCACCUAUCAUCGUACAACGCCAGUGGUUAGGGCCAACAACUCAGAGCUUAGCUUCCUCAUUCUGCUGUCACUCAAAUUAUGCUUCUUGUGCUCAUUACUUUUCAUUGGUCACCCAAGGCUGUCGACCUGUCAGUUGAGGCAUGCAGCGUUUGGGAUCAGCUUUGUGCUUUGUGUCUCGUGUAUCCUGGUAAAGACCAUGGUAGUUCUGGCGGUUUUCAAGGCUUCCAAACCAGGUGGUGGUGGUAUUCUUAAGUGGUUUGGGGUAAUGCAACAGAGAGGGACUGUUUUAUUUCUUACUUUAAUACAAGCAGCAAUUUGCACAACCUGGCUUGUGUCUUCCUCACCAACUCCUCGUAAAAACACACAGUACCACAAUGACAAGAUAAUAGUUGAAUGUGAAGUGGGGUCGAAAAUUGGAUUUGGAUUAUUAUUAAGCUAUAUUGGCUUACUGGCUAUUCUCAGUUUCUUGCUUGCUUUCUUGGCACGGAAUCUACCAGAUAACUUCAACGAGGCCAAGUUUAUCACCUUCAGCAUGUUGGUCUUCUGUGCUGUUUGGAUAGCCUUCAUCCCAGCUUAUAUCAACUCCCCUGGUAAAUAUGCAGAUGCUGUAGAGGUAUUUGCCAUUCUAGCUUCCAGUUUUGGGCUGUUACUGGCACUAUUUGGACCAAAGUGUUACAUAAUUAUCCUUAAGCCUGAGAAAAACACAAAACAAGCUUUAAUGGGACGAGGCACACCAAGAUCAUGAAAAUGUGGUUACCUGGUUAUCUUUUUAAAGGAAU